AUGCUCCCUUGGGAGCCGGGGCUCGGCCGCGGCCGGGGAGGCGCCGGUGCCGAUGGCGGCGGUUCCUCCGGCCUGUAUCUGCGAAGCAGCUUCGACGUUGCCUCUCUGGCUGCGCUUGGAAGUUACAACGAGGGCUUGACGGUCGCCCCGGUGGGCUCCUUCACGAGUGCGGCGCACCCGCAAGGCCUGCACCAGCAGCAGGGCCACAGCCAUGUCUCUGUUCGCUGUGGAAAGAAGCAUAAGCUAGAAGAAGAGGCGGAAGGUUGUCCUGUGAGGAAGAAGAGACUGACAGGAGCCAAAAAUUGCCCUUUGAAUCCCAACACUGAAGAAUGGAUUCUCUGUGCAGGUCAGCAGGCAGCUGGGGAGGUAGCAAGUCAGUAUGGUGGCAGCGGUCCUGAAACUGCCAUGUUAGAAAUUCCCUGUGAAGAAAUGGAUCAGACAAUGGGGGAACAGCAAUGCGAGGUUGCUCGCAGGAAGCUUCAGGAAAUUGAGGACAGGAUAAUUGAUGAAGAUGAGGAAGUUCAUGCUGAUGGAAAUGUUAGCAAUCUGCCCACUCUUAUCCUGUCAGAUACCCUUAAAAAAGGGAUGAAGAGGGAUUUUGGUGAAGUCCUGACAAAGAAAAUAAUAGAAUCUAUGAGCCGUCCUUCUAUGGAGCUGGUGCUUUGGAAACCUCUUCCUGAAUUUCUCACAGAUAAACUGAAGUCUGUUUCUGUUAAGAACUUCAAGCAGCAGAGUACAGACGGAUGUCAGGCUAAGCAGUCAACACCAAGAGCUGCUUUUGACCCACAGACUGAAACAUUCCCUGAAUCACAACAGACUGCCAUGUCUCCAGAUCCAUAUGCUAGUUUGGGAAUCUCUGGGUGUGCAGAAGAAGAAAUGGAAUUGUAGAUGCCAGAUUUUAGACUGGAAGUGGUGAGCUUCUGAUGUUUUUUGUUGCUGUUUUCUGAUUCCUUCUUUCUUUCUGGUUUGAUGUGUGAAUCUGAAGUUUUAUUACUUGUUUUUGUUUUUCCUACUAACAAUCAUAAGAAGGUGGAUUGGCCAGACACAACUUAAGGAAACUGAAAAAAACCCCAAGAUUUCUGUACUCCAGUCUGUUAAAUAUUCUUGUUUUUACUGAGAAGGUAAUCCAGAGGCCUUUGGAACAAGGAAGUAGCUUUCCAUCUUGCUUAAUGGUGAAUUAUCCUCUUAAUUGUCCUUGGUAAAGUAUAAAAGCCAAAUAUUGAAUGUAACUGUGGCUUAAGCCACAUCUUUCACUUACUGAGCCAUGAAGACUUUGGUGCACAUACUAUGCUUGGUCAGUUAGUUUAAUUUGAAUUACAAAAAGGUAUGGAAAGGAAGAAAUACUUCUGAGUCUAGUCACAGAUAGAAAAGCAAUCCCUAUGGAAAUACAGCUUUUCACACUAUUUCAUCUAUGGCUGUUUCAUCUGUGGCUGGUUUGUACCUGAUGUAAACUCAAAUAUAGAAACUAUACAUUCUGCA